GCCGUGCGUAUGAGCGACUGCGUGUGUACAUGAACAAACGUACAUACAAUCGAUUCGGUGCUCGGUUUCCAUUGCGACCCAUCACGCAUCUCACUCCGCCUGUAUGAUCCUUUUCUCACACAAAUCUGACAGGCCCGACUCACUCAUGCCCAAUAACCCAGCCAAGAUCUCCUUCGUGUGCUCGCCCAACCGCGGACCGGCCCAGUUUGUCUGCCCAGGGGUCUUCGUGAGCUUGGGGGGGAUGGCGGGGAUCUUCAGGGGCUCUUGCGUCGGCCCCGUGUGGACCUGCUCGAACAUGCCCCUUGCGAUGUAGUGCGGGUCGGAACACAUGUCACGCACCUGCCGAGCAACCCCCCACACAUCCAUGAGGGCCGUGGACGAAUGUGUUGUCGUGAGUCUCUAGACCGACCGAGUAGAUGGUUCCGACCGGCACACUGACCAAUCCAGCCUCGAGUAUCUGCUGCACCUCAUGAGACGCUAGUGUUGACGUCCACGCGGCGAUGGCGCCGUCCACCUCCUGCAUGGAACCAUGGCGGAAGGACAGGCAGACGAGCAGCAAAUGAAUGCAUGUACUGCCUGCAAGCACCACUGCGCACCUCCUGGUGUGUGACGCGUCCCUCGUUGGAAGCCAGUCGGGGAUCAUCAGCAAGGUCGUGUCGACCGGCGGCAACCAUCAGCCGCUUGAAGAGGGAAUCACUGAUAAGCAACACAAGUCACACAUACAGAGACAUCCGUAGACACCUGCGCCAACGCACCGUUGUACCCGUUCGCUCCGAUGACAACCCAGUGUCCGUCCUUGCAGGGGUAGGUGCCUGUCGGCACUAUACCUGCACACACCACAGAUGCACGCUCAUGCGUCAUUCAUGCACUCACAUGCGCAUCAUGCUGCUGCUGCUGCUGUGUCGGAGGCCAGCUAACCCACCCACCUGUGACGGUUGUCCCUGCCGGCUCUCUGACCUCCCCCAGCCGGUCAUAUUCGGGUACACACGCUUCCAUCAAGCCGAAAACCGAUUCAUAGAUCGCACAGUCGACGUCCUGACCCUCACCCACGCCACCAGUUGCCGACGCCUUCUGCCGGCUCAGCAAGGCUAGCAGCACCCCUAGAGCCGCGUUCUGUGCCGCUAAGGUGUCACCGAUAGACAGGUUCGGCCGAAUCGGGGGCCCGCCAGGCAUGCCAUUCACGUAUCUAAAGCCCCCGAACGCCUCGCACACUGAUGCGAAUCCGGGCUUGCUGCGAUAGGGCCCCGUCUGUCCAUAGCCACUGAUGCGAGCGACGAUGAGAGAUGGGUGGCUCUCCCGCAGGGUCGUCGGGCUCAUAUGCCAUUUCUCCAAGCUGCAUCGAAUCAAUGGAAUCAAUGCAAACAAGCUGGCAUGAACAUCCGUCCCUCGAUUCAUCAGCACUACCUGGCACCCUACGUGCCAGGUUUGAAGUUCUCCACGAGUACGUCGCACUUGGCGACCAGCUGACGAAUGAUAUCGCGGCCUUCGUCUUGGCGGAGGUCGACGGCUAAGGAUUUCUUGUUGCGUGCGAUAGAGUACCACCACAACGACGUCCCUGGAGGAAGAGUGACAGACAAGCCGUGUGCCCCUGAGGCUCCGCCCCUCUUCCCUCAGGUCCUACCCGUUUCAUCCAGCUUCCGCCAUUUCCUACACAGAUUCAGCCAUCCAUCCAUCGCCCCCAUCUAUGCAUCACUCUCCGCCGCACACCUGAUGCCAUCUCCCAGCCCUGGUGGCUCGACUUUGAUGACGUCGGCACCCCAAUACGCCAACAGAGCACCUGUCCACCCUCCUGAAAAGCAAACGAAGGACGAACGAAACCAAAAGCACAUGAUUCCAUUGCAGAAGUCAGUACGACGAUGCAAUUGCGACGAUUCAUUGCACAGCCUCUCCCUCCACAUACCUGCAAUGAACUGGCUCAGCUCCAGCACCUGGUUCAGUUCGAGAACACACAGAUCAACAAAGAGGGAAGCAUGAUGAGUCGAAAGGCGCUUACUCUGAUUCCCGAAAGCGGCCUCUUGGCGGACAUCCUUCGCAAGAAGACGUGAACGCGCACGCAGUGCGUUGGAGGCAAACCAAAGGAUGAGAUCUAUAUAGAUCACAUGAUCC